UACCCUUUUUAUUUUCUUUUAUAUCAUUUAUCAUCUCAAAUCAUUAUGGCUGUUGAAAACGUUUGUAUAAUUGGAUCUGGCAACUGGGGUUCCGCCGUCGCCAAGAUCAUUGGUAACAAUGUGUUGAACCAUACCGAUUCUUUCGAAAAGACCGUUCGUCAAUGGGUUUUUGAAGAACAAGUUAAUGGCGAGAACUUGACCGAUAUCAUCAACCGAGAACACGAAAACGUCAAAUACUUGAAAGGUGUCAAGUUGCCUGAAAACAUUGUCGCUGUGCCCGAUGUCGUGGAAGCGUGCAAGGGUGCUACGUUGGUGGUGUUUGUGGUGCCUCAUCAGUUUGUCCGCGGAGUUUGUGAGAAGAUGAAGGGUCAUUUGGCUCCCAACGCUCGCGCUAUCUCGCUUAUCAAGGGCUUGGAAAUCACCUCUUCGGGUGUUCGCCUUUUCUCCGAAGAAAUUUCUCGUAUUUUGGACAUCCCUUGUGCUGCAUUGAGCGGUGCUAAUAUUGCUGAUGAAGUUGCACGUGAAAAAUUCUGCGAAUCCACUAUUGGCUGUCCUUCCGUUGAAGAUGGUGUGCUUUUCCACCGUUUGUUCGAUACCGCGUAUUUCCGUAUCAACGUAAUUCAAGACCAUGUCGGUGUUCAAUUGUGCGGUGCACUCAAGAACGUUGUGGCUGUUGGUGCUGGUUUCUCCGAUGGCCUGGGUUAUGGUAGCAAUACCAAGGCGGCGAUCAUCCGUCGUGGUCUGAUGGAAAUCCGUAAAUUUGGUCAGACCUUCUUUGGUGACGCGGUGCGCAACGAGACCUUCUUUGAAUCGUGCGGUACUGCCGAUCUGAUCACUACUUGCUUUGGUGGUCGUAACCGUAAGGUCGCUGAAGCUUUUGUACUCACUGGCAAGCCUAUUGCCACUCUCGAGGCCGAAUUGCUCAAUGGACAAAAGUUGCAAGGCACCUUGACCGCUCAGGAAGUUCAUGAGUUUUUGUCGGCAAGAAACAUGGAAUCGGAAUUCCCCUUGUUCCAAACCGUCUAUCGUAUUGUCUACGAAGGCCAAUCUCCCGAUCUGAUUAUUCGCGAGAUCUAAUUUUCUCCCUUUUUGUCUCUCUCUCUCUACUGCAUCUUUGUGGUCAUUCAUAGAGUUUUUAUGAUCCAUCCGCAUGGCCGUGCCAUCAUUAUACAUUUUCCCUUUUAGACCAUAGAUCAAUUUUGCUAUUGCAUUCUAUUGUAUAUAAAAAACGUUUAAUUUUUCUUUUUGACCUUCC